CUUCUUAUUUUCUCCCUUUAUCUCUCUCUCUCUCUCUCUCUCUCACUAAAAAAAUAAAUAAACAUGAACACAUUUACCUCAAACUCUUCGGAUCUCAGUUCCACUUCAACCGAAACGUCAUCGCUCAGCAACAUGUAUCUCCUCACAACACUUCAAGCAUUUGUAGCUAUAACUUUAGUGAUGAUGCUACUCAAGAAACUGAUCGCUAAACCCGAUAAAAAGAAAUUGUCUCUCCCGCCGGGUCCCAGCGGAUGGCCUAUCAUCGGAAUGAUUCCAGCUAUGUUAAAGAGCCGUCCUGUUUUCCGGUGGCUCCAUAGCAUCAUGAAGCAGCUAAACACCGAGAUAGCUUGCGUGAGGCUAGGAAACACUCACGUGAUCACCGUCACGUGUCCUAAGAUAGCACGUGAGAUACUCAAGCAACAAGACGCUCUCUUCGCCUCAAGACCUAUGACUUACGCUCAGAAGAUCCUCUCCAACGGAUACAAAACCUGCGUGAUUACUCCCUUCGGUGAACAAUUCAAGAAAAUGAGGAAAGUCGUGAUGACGGAGCUCGUUUGUCCGGCGAGACACAGGUGGCUUCACCAGAAGAGAGCUGAAGAAAACGAUCAUUUAACCGCUUGGGUCUACAACAUGGUCAAGAACUCGGGCUCGGUCGAUUUCCGGUUCGUGACGAGGCAUUACUGCGGAAAUGCGAUCAAGAAGCUCAUGUUCGGGACAAGAACUUUCUCUCAAAACACUGCACCUGAUGGUGGACCGACCGCAGAGGAUAUCGAGCAUAUGGAAGCUAUGUUUGAAGCAUUAGGUUUUACGUUCGCUUUUUGUAUCUCUGAUUAUCUACCUAUGCUCACGGGUCUUGAUCUUAACGGUCACGAGAAGAUCAUGAGAGAUUCGAGUGCGAUCAUGGACAAGUACCACGAUCCGAUCAUCGAUGCAAGGAUCAAGAUGUGGAGAGAAGGGAAGAGAACUCAGAUCGAGGAUUUUCUUGAUAUUUUCAUUUCCAUCAAGGACGAACAAGGCAACCCGUUGCUUACCGCCGAUGAAAUCAAACCCACCAUCAAGGAGCUUGUAAUGGCGGCGCCAGACAACCCAUCAAACGCCGUGGAAUGGGCAAUGGCGGAGAUGGUGAACAAACCGGAGAUUCUCCGUAAAGCAAUGGAAGAAAUAGAUAGAGUCGUCGGAAAAGAAAGACUUGUCCAAGAAUCAGAUAUCCCAAAACUAAACUACGUCAAAGCUAUUCUCCGUGAAGCCUUCCGUCUCCAUCCCGUAGCCGCCUUUAACCUCCCACACGUGGCACUUUCCGACACAACCGUCGCCGGAUACCACAUCCCUAAAGGAAGUCAAGUCCUUCUUAGCCGAUAUGGGCUGGGCCGUAACCCAAAAGUUUGGGCCGAUCCACUUAGCUUUAAACCGGAGAGACACCUCAACGAAUGCUCCGAAGUUACUUUGACGGAGAACGAUCUCCGGUUUAUCUCGUUUAGCACCGGCAAAAGAGGCUGUGCUGCUCCGGCGUUAGGUACGGCGUUGACCACGAUGAUGCUCGCGAGACUUCUUCAAGGUUUUACUUGGAAGUUACCUAAGAAUGAGACACGUGUCGAGCUGAUGGAGUCUAGUCAUGAUAUGUUUUUGGCUAAACCGUUGGUUAUGGUCGGUGAGCUAAGAUUGCCGGAGCAUCUUUACCCGACGGCGUAAAUAUAUAUGAUUUAACUUUAUGUACUUAUAUAAAAACCGCUAAGCUUGGUCGAUUUCCUCCGGUUACCAAAAGAUAAUCGGUCAUUUUGUGAACAAACUAUUGUGUUUGGUCUUUGGUUCUUUUGGGGACACUUGACUUGUGUCUC